GAAGAAGAAGAAGGACGUGCUAGUGACGUGAACAAGGCUAGAUGGGAUACAUUCUAUGUCAAAAGUUGAUUUGAACCCUAACUAUUUUUCUGACCUUAACCCAAUUAUCUCAAACUAAUACGUAAACUGCUACGUAAACCUGCCGCGUAGAUUCCCCUAACCUGCUCCGAAAUAUCAAUUCUGACAUAAACUGUAUCCCUUCUAGACAAAAGCGAGUGAUACUGACAUAAUACCCUAAAAGCAAAAUGGCAGCCAGCAGUGGAAAAUCUGUUCUGUUCGUGUGUCUGGGGAACAUUUGCAGGUCCCCCAUUGCCGAAGCCGUCUUCAGGAAAAUGGCGACAGAUGCUGGUGUUGUUGACAAGUGGGUCAUAGACAGUGGUGCCACGACUGACUGGAACACAGGCAGCUCCCCGGACACCCGUGGUCUGGCCUGCCUGAGGACACAUGGCAUUGAAACAAAACACAGGGCCCGACAGGUGACAAAGGAGGAUUUUAUGUCAUUUGACUACAUUCUGUGCAUGGAUGAGAGCAAUUUGAGUGACCUGAAAAAGAAGGCAAACUCUGUGAAAAACAGCAAAGCCAAGAUUGAGCUGCUGGGCUCGUACGACCCAGAGAAACAACUGAUCAUCAAAGACCCAUACUACCACUAUCUAUGCCUAAGCCUCACUCUGGACUCCCGAGUGGCGUGGCGCUCUAAGGCACUGCAACUCAGUACAAGAGGCGUCACAGUCCCUGGUUCAAAUCCGGCCUUGAUUGGGAGUCCCAUAGAGCGGUGCACAAUUGGCCCAUCGUCGUCCAGGUUUGGCCGCCGUAGGCCGUCAUUGUAAAUAAUAAUUUGUUUUUAACUAACUUGCCUAGUGUAAAAAAAAUAUUUUUAAGUAAUCCCCAGUUAAAACCACUGUAUGGAACAAUUGGUUUCUGAUGGGAAAACAGUAGCAAGAUAUUGUCUUCCCCUCAUGUCCUGAGAUACGAUAUUAUUGCGAUACGAUAUUAUCACGAUACUUUGGUGCCGAUACGAUAUUAUUGUGAUUCUCACAAUUCUAUAUGUAUUGUGAUUCGAUCAUUUGAUUUUAUUGCAAUUUGAUGUUCCAAACAUUAUUGCUCACAUAUGUCUGCUGCAGCGGGACAAGAGAGCCAUGAGAAAGAUUUGAUCAGUUAUGGAAAUAAAACUGUUAAAAACAAAUUGUCUCCCUACUUAAAAAUAUGGAGAACAAGCUAUGAAGGAAAAAUACUGGAGUUUUGGUGCAGUUACAGCCAACUAGCGCAAAAAUAGUAUUACGAUAUAUCGUCAAAAAUAAUAUCCUGAUAUGUACAGUACCAGUCAAAAGUUUGGACGCCUACUCAUUCAAGGGGUUUUCUUUAUUUUUACUAUUU